AAUAGUUCGGUCCGAUCUUUGGCACGCGAUCAGGUUCAAAAUGUUGCUUCCGUUGUUACUUUCGAUUAUCGGAACUCUGCUGCUGUUGUAUCUCUACACCAGGGAACUAUUCGGUUCUCGUUUUGCCAACAAAAUCUGUGCCACUUUGCCAGUGCAUCCCGUUUUCGGUCAUAUUUUGUUCUUCAUGGGAAAGUCAUCCGAUCAAGCCUUCUGCUUGGUAAACAAAUACUUCAGCCAAGUCGAUCGUCUCGGGAAACUUUUGACCGGUCCGAAAGCAUUGAUCAUGGUUAAUCAUCCCGAUCUACUGCAGCAGAUACUGACGAGCAGCGAUCUACACGAUAAACCGUUCUUCUACAAGUUCUUUGGGCUUGGCGGUGGACUGAUAACGGAGAACUCUGGUGAGCGGUGGCUUCGCGUGAGAAAGCUCCUGAACCCAACUUUCAACACUAGAAUGCUGACCAGCUACUUACCCAUCAUGGACUUUCGCACUAAGCGGAUGAUUACGAAACUACGAACAAUGGCGGACGGCCAAACGGACGUCAACAUUCUGAAGUUCAUCGGUGAAUGCACUCUGGAAAUGGUCUUCAGCACAACGAUGGGACGCAAUGCACACGAACUGCCCGGUCAACGAGAAUACAUUCAAAAUCUGGAAGUAAUACAGAAUUUGUUGGGAGAAAGAAUUUUGAACGUGAAUCAACAUUUGGAAUUUGUGUACCGAAUGAGUAAGGCAUACAAAAGAGAGCAGAGCUCUCGAGAUUACUGUAACAAAUUCACGGAUAAAAUUAUAGCCGAAAGACGCAAAGAACUCGACAAAUUGUCCGGCAUGGAAACAGAAGAAGACGAAUAUCAUACGAAGAGUUUGAAUUUUUUGGAUGAAGUUCUUGCCAUUCACGAUGAAAAUAAACUUACUUUUUCGGAUCAAGAAAUUUCAGAUCAUUUAUAUACUAUAAUGACGGCCGCCCACGACACAUCGGCUCUGACUGUAGCGUACACUUGCCUAUUAAUGGCGAUGCAUCCGGAUAUCCAGACCAAAGUUCGGAACGAAAUGAAUGAAGUAUUCUUUUCGUCUUCGGUGGACAUUAAUUGUGACAGCCUUAAACAACUGGAAUACACAGAAAUGGUGAUCAAUGAAGUUCUUCGGAUCUGCCCAGCCGUGCCAUUUGUCGCUCGUCAGACAGCCCGCGAGAUUGAACUCGACGGUGUCCGUAUUCCAAAAGGUCAAAUUCUGGUGGUGAACUUCUUUUCCUUGCAUCGUCGGACGGAUAUUUGGGGUUCGGAUCCGGAACGUUUCGAUCCAGAGCGAUUCCGGCCCGAAGCUACCAAGGCGCGACAUCCGUUCGCUUUUCUACCCUUCAGCGGAGGUUUGCGGAACUGCAUCGGCUCACGCUACGCCAAGAAUUCAAUGAAGAUAAUGUUACUGCGGAUUUUACAGAACUUCGAGAUUCAAACCGAUCUAAAGUUCACCGAUCUUAGAUUCAAAUUCGAAAUCACCCUCAAGCUGGCAGGUCCCCACAAUGUUCGGUUGGUGAAAAUAAAUUAGCGUUGUUUUGUAUUCCACAAGUGAGAUAAGUUUAUUUGAAACGAUUUUAUAAAGGCCAUUACUAGUAUUCUCUUUCGAAAUAAUUUCAAUUUCUAUAUGCAAUAAUUAAGUCUAUCUUCAAAUAGGAUCCCAGUUACACCUAUAAAGCAGAAUUACUCGAAAUUUCAAAGUUUAUACUAUCAGAAUCAUAAUUCUGGCUAUCGAAAAAGUUUUCUUAAAAUACAUAUUAAUUUAUUUAUUGCAGAAAUAAAACACGCUCAAUUAUCU